CGGGCUAACUUUAGUCCUCGGACUAAGGCAAUAUCCCUAUUAAUAAACAGCGACUAACCCUGAACUAAGCUAAACCCUCUCUAGUCUCGGACUAAAAUUUAAUCCAAUGUAAUAGCAGGUUUAAAUCAAGACUAACGUGACAUUGACGGUUGGUGUUCAUAACCUUAAAAACGUUUUAUUUGUUUUUACAUAAAUCAAUAUUAUUUUUAUAAUGGAGAGGGACUAUUUUAUAGACGAUUUAAGAUUAAUACAAGAAAUAAAUGAGUAUAGAAAUCAGCGGAAUAUUCCGAGACACAUAAAAAUAUAUAAAAUUAGAAAAAAUCCUUUAGAGGAAUUAGAAGAAGGUGAAUUCAAAACCAAAUACCGCUUUUCAAAAGCCACUGCAAUUUUUAUAAUUGACAUGGUCAGAAAUGACUUAGCUGGCGAUUUUAGAGGUGGACAUGUACCUCCACACAUAAAAGUCUUGUGUGCAAUAAGAACUUGGGCACGUCGAGAAAUUCAAGAUGAUGCUGCAGAUAUUAUUGGUAUCAGCCAGCCAACAGUUUCGCUUGUCUGUAAACAAGUUGCUUUAGCUCUGGUAGUACACAGAGCUCAGUGGAUUAAAAUGCCACAAAAUGAUCUGGAGCAAAAUAGAGUGAUUGCUGGGUUUUAUGGAAUAUGUGGGUUUAGGCAAGUGGUUGGAGCUAUUGACUGCACCCAUAUUCGAAUUCCAAAAGUGGGUGGAAACAUUGGGCAAUAUUACAUAAACAGAAAAGGAUACAGUUCAAUAAAUGUACAAGUUGUGGCCAAUGCUAAUUUGGAAAUUAUGGACAUAGUAGCUCACUGGAGAGGCAGCACUCAUGACUCCAGAAUAUUCAAUGAGUGCAGAUUAAAACGUAGGUUCGAGCAGUCAGAAUUCAAAGGGAGACUAUUGGGAGAUUCAGGCUAUGCCUGCUCCCCUUAUUUAUUCACUCCAGUCCUAAAUCCGACAACACAACAGGAGGAACGUUAUAACAGGGCACAUAUACAAACCCGCAACACUGUGGAACGAUGUUUCGGUGUGUGGAAGCAAAGAUUUCGCUGUUUACUAGAUGGGUUUAAAACCAAAUUAGAUAACACCAAAUUGUACAUUGUAGCGCUGGCAAUACUUAACAAUAUUGCCAUCCACCACCGGGAUAUGAUUGAAAAUAUUGACCAACCAGGAAAUGAAGACAUACCAGUAAUACCUGCAAUUAAUAAUAACAUUAGAGGAAAUGCAGCUAGAGCUGCAUUUAUUAAUGAUAAUUUUUAGUUGAAUGGAGAUAGAUACUACCCAAUUCCUUCUCAAAGAGUUUGGCAAAUAUAUUUGGACGGAUGUUAAAAAAAUACAACCUUUAUUAUUGCAAAUAAAAAGUUAUCAAAACACA